GAAACACUUCGCGUCCUUAAUGCACCCUGUGCUUACUAAUGAGUCUAAAAACUGUGGGGGGAGUGCCAGCCGUACAACAUACCACAUGGGAGCCACUGGCGGGCUCCCUCGCAGGCCACCUGGUAGGUCGUCCGCCACCAACACCACCGCCAAAAUGGCUUGCACUCGCGCAACAAACAUAUCGCCGCGGUGGCCGAAAGAAAUCAGUUAUGAUGCACACGAGCACAAAAGAAAAAGUGAACUUGACUUGUCAUAGGAUGAGAUAAGACGAGACUGCGAGAAGGAGGCGGGAGGGAGAGGUUGGAAGUUGGAGGCGAAGCAGUUGUGCACUGGUGAAGGACGCGGUGGCGGCGGUGCCAGUGACUUUCACACUCUGGUCGGGUGUGGGUGUGCACGCUGGCUGCACCUCCGUACCUCCACGUGCUGGCCGCGCCUCGUCCCUUAACCUUCCUUGUAUCUCUCAUCCCUCGCACAUGCACAACACAUGCACCAGUGGCUGCUAAUGUGAAUUUCAAGACUCCUUCAGAUAUUGAAGAUAUUGUCAGCACUACUGGAAAAAACAAAAUAAGGCGGGAUGCUGGUUGGGAUACGCAAGAAGCACUGGCUGAUGUUCUCCCUGUCCGUCACCUGCUUCCUCCUGCUGCUCGUCUUCACUUCCAAACCGAUUCAGCUGCCCAAAUUCCCAACAGGUGACGCGGAGAUUGGCUUCCUGCGGCGACACAUCACUCUUGACCACGGGCAGGAGACAGCGGCGACCAGCAGUCCCCCCGCCGCGCCCCCUCCGCCACCCCCGCCCCCGGAACCCCAGCUUGACCCCGCUCAGGCCCUGCGGGGGAUCUCUGGUGUGGCACAGUGGACCCCCCCACCACCGCACCUGACUGAGCAGGAGCGCAAAGACCUGGCCAGCCUCGGGGUGCUGCUGGUGGAGGACGAGCAGCAGCAGCAACAACAACAAGAACAGCAAGACCAGCGAAAACAACAACAACAACAACAACAACAGGAUGACAAGCAGCAACAGCAGCAGCAGGAACAGGAGCAGGUACAACCACGUCAGCUGACUGAGUACAACCCACGGAAACAACAACAGAAGCCGGAACCUCAUCAGCAAAAACAACAACAACAACUACAACUACAGCAGCAAAGGCAACAGCAGCAGCAGCAGCAGCAGCAACACCAGCAACAGCAGCAACAGAAACAGCAAGACCAAAGACAGCAUAAGCAGCAACAGGAGCAACAACAGCUGGCACAAUUGUCACCUUCACAGUCACCACCAGUACCACCACCACCACCACCAUCACAACAACAACAAAAACAACAACAAAAAUCACAACAGCAACCACCACCACAACGACAACCACAACAGCCACAAACACAACAACAACAACAACAACAACAACAACAACAACAACAACAAACACCACAACAACAAACACCACAACCACAACAACAGUCACAAGAGGAAACACAACCACUAUUACAACAACAAUUACAACCACCACAAAAAACACAACAACAACCACAACCACCACAGCAACCACUACCACAUCCACGACCACACCUGCCCCGGGGCAGCAAGGAGAAGCGACCGGCCAAGCCCCGUCGCCCCGCCAGGCCUCGUCCACGAGUCCCACUGCCACCGCCCCAUUCGGUCACGGCGCUGAGCGGCGGCAGUGAGCACGAGCAGUGGUUGCGGCGCGUGAUGGCGCAGCACCAGGACUUCCUGAAGAAGCAGCACCGCCUCAACGAGCACCACCAGCAGGAGACCCAGCGCCUGAAGCAGACGCUCCGCCAGCAGGACACUGAUCAACAGACAGCGCGGUCCCCCAAGACCGGCAGCCGAGCUACAGGGUCCCUGGCGCGCUCCUCGGCCCCGAGGGUGACUUACGAGAGCCUCAAGAGGCAGGGAGAGUCUGCUGUGCGCAGCGUGCUUAAGCGAGAGUUCGUCACCGUCCAGAGAGACACUAACUUUACUCCCGGGGAGGUGGUGGAUCCCUCACAGGUGCGCAGAGUGUUAGUGCUGUCUACCUGGCGUAGCGGCUCCACCUACCUGGGGGACCUGCUACGAGCCUACCCUGGCACCUUCUACAGCUUCGAACCGCUGCAUCACCUGCUGAAGAACCUUCACCUAGAAGAUGGCCCGCUGGUGCAGACUGCCCAGGACUUGCUCCGGUCCAUCCUCACUUGUGACUACAGCCACAUGGACGAGUACAUCGCCUACCAACGCAACGUCACCUUCCUGCUGCGUCACAACACGCGACUGUGGAACUCUUGCGCGCUCAAUCGUGCCCUCUGCUUCGACAAGGAGCAUGUGUCGCGCGUGUGCAGCUUCAUGCCUGUCAAUGUUCUCAAGACAGUGAGGAUGGGCGUGUCACCCGUAAUCAAGUUGCUAGAGGACGAAGCGCUAGAUCUGCGCGUGGUGCACCUGGUGAGGGAUCCCCGUGGGUGCCUCCACUCACGCAUGCAGCUGUCCUGGUGCCAAUCACCAGCCUGUCGCGAUCCUGCCACUGUCUGCCGGGACCUGCUCAAAGACCUCACCCACUCCGAGCAACUCUUGAAGAAGUACAGCAACAGGUACAUGGUGGUGCGCUACGAGGACUUGGGGCUUAAGCCGGAGGAGAAGGCGAGAGAAAUAUUUGAAUUCGUGGGCUUGUCUUACAACAAGUACGUGUCGAUGUACGUGAAGGAACAUACCACGCUGUACAAAAAGGGCAGGAAGGGAAAGGACGCGUACGGUACUUUCAGGGAUUCUAAGGCCACCAUUUUCGCGUGGCGCGGAGCCCUGGACUACGAAGCAGUGGCGAACAUCCAGGACAAGUGUCAGGAGCCGCUGCGCCGCCUCGGCCUGCGCACCUUCGACAGCGAAGAAGAGUACCUCAACACCACAGUGUCUGUCCUCCUGCAGGAGUGAGCCGCGCCUCGCCAACCGGUGUGCGUGAGUGCCUGUCCCUCCCUAUACGAGUGGGCAGCAAGUGGAGGAUUGCACACCGCCAUGCAUGCACAUGUCUCUGUGUGCAGGUUUGGUUUGAGCAAGCUGAUGUUGUUGCAGUGUUGAAACAGCACAGAGGUGACCCGCUCCGCCUGAUGUCUUCACUAUCGCGUGGAGAGCCGCCUGCUGGUCACGCUGGCGGUCUGUGUGGCUCCUGAUGUGCCAUUCACACCCCGGGCCAAGGAGCCACCGAGGCACCAAGCGUGUGUUGCCGGGUUUGAACACCAAAACACACACACACACACACACACACACACACACACA